AUGGAAUCGUUAGUUGAUGUAGAUACUACUGUUACAAAGUUAGCCCCUUUGAGGUUUGAUGGUUUUUGUGGUGUUAAUUCCCAGGGUCUCAGCGGAGGUUUGGUUGUAUUUUGGUUUUCUCCGCUUAGAGUAGUUCCUCUUUUGGUUUCUACUAAUGUAAUUUUGUGUGAAAUUUGUACUCCAACUACUAGUGAAAUAAAGCAUAUCCUGUUUGUGUAUGGAUCACCUCAUCCUUCGGGACGAGCUGCUGUUUGGGAGGAGAUUUCUCACAUUUUGCAAGUUUAUUCAGAUAUUCUACUUAUUGCUGACUUUAAUCAGGUAGAAUAUUUUUCAGAUAAGGUAGGGGGUUCUGCACAUAUAGCCGGGUUAAAUGCUUUUCAGGAAUGGAAAAUAGAAAAUAAUCUUUUAGAUGUUCCCUUUUCCGGUCCUUCCUAUAAUUGGACUAAUGGUUGUUCUUCUGGGGAUGCAUCGUUUGAGCGUUUGGAUAAAGCCUAUGCUUCUCAAAAAUGGAUGAUUGAUCAUCCGAAUGCCUUUUUGCUCCAUCAAUCCAUCCUUUUCUCAGAUCAUGCGGUUAUUGUUUAUCAUGAAAACUCCCCUCCUGUUUCUAAACGUCCAUACCGCAUUGAUAAUUGGUGUUUACAGUCGAAGGAUGUCUUUAGGAUUAUUACUGUUAUCUGGGCUAUGAUGCUUCCAGGUUCUCCGAUGCUCGAAAAAAGAAAGAAUUUGAUUCAUGGUCUCAAGGAUUCAAGUGGGUUUUGGACUCAUGAUCAACAGGGUAUUAGUAUAAUGAUCCAAAAUUAUAAUUCUCAGCUAUUCUGUUCCCCUCAGUCUCAAAUUGAUGAGUCGAAGACUCCGGGUCCAGAUGGUUUUUCUUCUGCUUUCUUUCGCUCGCAUUGGUCUACUGUGGGUCAAUCAGUUAUUGAAGCAGUGCAAUAUUUUUUCUAUCAUGGCCAUAUGCUUAGAGAAUGGAAUAGGACCUUCAUCACUCUUAUUUCUAAGGUGGAUCAUUUGGAGUUCGUUUCUCAGUUUCGUCCAAUUGGUCUCUGCAAUGUUCUUUAUAAAUGUAUCGCUAAGUGUAUUUCGAUUCGGCUUCGGAAUAUUCUCCCUCAGCUAGUCUCCGAUUUUCAAAAUGCCUUUGUUCCAGGUCGGCUAUGGCAAGUUGACAAUAGUCUUGUUGCGCAUGAAAUUCUCUCCUAUAUGGAUAAGUUGCGAGGUCGUACUAUGGGAGCGGCUCUGAAAGUCGAUAUGAAUAAAGCCUAUGAUAGGAUCAGUUGGGAUUUUCUAUGGCAAGUUCUUAAGGCCUUUGGGUUUCCUCCGAGUUGGAUUCAUAUAAUUCAGCAGUGUGUUUCUACUGUUUCUUAUCAGGUUUUGGUCAAUGGUAAUCCUACGAAAGCUUUUCGUCCAGUUAGGGGGUUGCGUCAGGGUGAUCCUUUAUCUUCAUAUUUAUUUGUUCUGUGUAUGGAGGUUUUUUCAGCCAUGAUUCGUAAAGCAGAAUCUGAUCGUUUGUUUCGAGGUAUUAAGUCCUUCAUUCGCUUUAGUUCUAACGUUCCGGCUGAUUAUCGGGAUUACUUAGCUGCUUCUAUACAUGUGCGGGUGGAAUCCUCUAUUGGCUCUUAUUUGGGUCUUCUGGUUGAUGUUGGCAGACACAAAUGUAAAGCUUUUCAGCCUUUAGUGGACAAAGUUAUUAAUCGGUUGAGUGGACUCACUUCCCUUCAUCUUUCGUCUGUUGCGAAAUUGGUCAUUAUCAAUUCUAUGCUUGUGGCCUCCUUCAACCAUAUUUUGUCUGUGUUUAAGAUUCCUUCUACAGUCAUAGACAAAAUCAACAAUCUUCUACUUCGAUUUUGGUGGAGAUCUUCUUCCCACUCUAAAGGUAUUGCUUUGGCUCCCUCUUCUCUCCUUUAUAGGCCUAAGGGGCUUGGGGGUCUUGGUCUUCGUCAUCUGGGUAUUUUCAACUCUGCGAUGUUGGCAAAGCAGGUUUGGCGGGUCAUGCAUAAUCCUCAACUUCUUAUUUCUCGUAUUUUUCAAGCGCGGUAUCCUUCUAUCCUGGAUCGUCAUUCUAGUUCGAGGCUCUCUCGUCCUUCUUGGGCGGGUAAUAGUUUGCUGCAUGGGUUCCACUCUCUUCAGUCUGGUCUUACUUGGAAAAUUGGUAAUGGUACCAAGGUUCGAAUUUUUGAGGAUUCUUGGGUUCCGGAUUCUGUUGUGUCCCCUAAGGAUUCUCUUGCUGGAACGGUUCUUCCGCUUCUGGUGUCCUCUCUUAUCCAUUCAAACUCUAACACUUGGGAUUCUUCUCAGGUUCAUAGAUUGUUUGAUUCCUUCACUGCGGCUAAAAUUCUGAGUUUGGAGCGGCCGACUCAGUUAAUGGAUGAUUUCGUCUAUUGGAAAUUUACUAGGGAUGGGAAUUUCUCUACUAAGUCCGCCUAUGCUGCUCUCAUUCAGGGUUCGUUCCCCGUAAUUUAUGAUGGGAAUUAUAUUCUGUCCUCGUGGUGGAAGAAGUUCUGGGCCUUUCCCAUUUUACCUAAGUGGAAGAUGUUUGUUUGGAAGUUGUUAUAUGGAGUCAUCCCUGUGGCAGCCUUAUUAUGUACCAAAGGUAUCCCUGUUGAUCCUUUGUGUGCUUUUUGUCAUACUUCUCAGGAGACGAUAGAUCAUUUAUUUUUACACUGUCCGUUUACUCGUCGUCUUUGGAGUUGUGGUCCUUUGGGUAUUCUUCUUCCUCCGGAGAAUUUCUCCUCGUUUAGCCAUUGGUUUUCCACUCUGAUUACUCACUCUUUGGCUCAUGGAGAUUGGAGUACUCUGGAUUCUAUUUUGGCCUUUACUUGGGCUAUUUGGUGCUGUAGGAACAGUGUUCGAUUUUGGGGAUUAGUUCCUGAUCCCCUUUGUGUAUUCAGGAUUGCCCAAGAAUGGAGGUCUCGAAGUUCCUCGGCUAGAGAUUUGGAUGCUGGGGUUAUUUCUUCUCCUCCUGGGUUUCAUCAUCGCCCACUUUUGAUUAUUCUACGAGGUUCUUUUUCUGAACAGGCUGUUGUUGAUCUACUCUUUGACGGGGCUUGGCAGUCUGCAGAUUGCAGAGCUGGUACGGGUUGGUGCUUUUAUCAGGCUGGAUCUCUCCAGUGUCUUGGGGGUGGUGCUCAGGCAUGUUUUGCUCUUUCGGCUAUUCAAGCAGAGUUGUUUGCCUGUCUCCUAGCUUUGAGGAUGGCGCAAAAUCACGGUUUUGAUCAGAUUCGAAUUCAUACAGACUGUUUGGGUGUCCUCUUUAGUCUCCGGGAUCAUUGCUCAAAGGACAUCUUUGCUAGUUGGAUCUUUCAGCAGAUUGAGGAUAUCAUACCUCUCUUCUCGGCCUGUUCUAUCCAGAAAGCUUCCAGGGAUUUUAUUAGGCCUGCUCAUGAGUUAGCUGUUUCAGCUAGAAAUCGUCAUUCUCUUUUUCUUUCUUUCUAG